UUGUUUCAAAUUUAUUUCCUGAUUAAAUAUCAAUUUCUUAAAGGAGAUUCAAGAAUAUGGAGAUAACAACACAGAUGGCUCGCAUAAUCUGCAGUACAAAAGACAAAAAUGCUAAACUUAGAAAAAAUCCUAUACUAGCGACACAAAAAACUUGUUCCAAACAGCGAAUGAAUGCAACCAAUUAUAAAUCUACAAUCUGGGAUGCGCAGAGCGGUCCCAAAUCGGAUUCAGGCUCAAGAUGUAGGGAAAAAGUAACCGCUGAUCUUAAACGAUUUCAAUAUAAUUUAGAAGAAAAAAAUAAAUUCUUGAAAUCUACAAAGACAAAUAUUGAGACGUCCACUGCUAAGGCACCUAUACCAAAGCACACAGAUUGUUUGCCAAAGCACACAGCUUAUAAGGUUUAUGCACCUAAAGCAUUAGAACGUUUGAGAUAUGACAGAGUAAAUCAGCCUGCACCAAAAACUAAAAUAAACCCAGUCAAAAUGGAUGAAAAACUUUCGUGCUUACAAACAAAAGCAGUCCGUAGCACAAUUCCCCUGAAAAAUGUUCCUAAAAAUGAUGCAAAAAAUAAUAUCAAGCAAAGGUCACCUGCAGACACUCGGCUUACUCAAAAAGUACCUGCUGAAAUUGGGAAAAAGGGUUUUGCCAAUAUAAUUUGUGGCGGAACACAACAAACUAAUAAGUCCACAAAACUUAAGAUUGAACAAAGCCCUCCAGAUCCAUACUUGAAGCAUGGAAUUUGUAGAUGUCAAUGUUCGAAAAAAAAUAUUGCAACCACAAGUCAAAAUGGUGGAACCAAAAGUCAAGAUGGCAUGGAACAACCUCGUCGACCUGUAGUUACUCCAAAUGUUAUCAGUGAUUGCAAAGAGGUAGUUGCUGAAGCUAAGAACACGAAUGCAAAUGUGAUCAAACCACAUUUAAAAAAUGGUGGGUUGACUUACAGAAUAGAAAAAGAUUGCAGUUCUAAUUUAAACAUCCCAUCCAUCAACAUUGAAGAACCAAUCCAUAAUGCAGAGCUAAGUAAGAAAAAGUGCCAAAAGAUCUCAGAAAACGUAGACAAGAAUAAAUCUCAAUUAAUAAAAAAUCGUUUAAUACGGAAAUCUGAAAAUGGCAAUUGUUCCGGGAUUAAAAGGGUUGAAGCAAACCUCUGGAAAAGCAGCAACCACUAAUAAUAAAUUAUUUAUUUGCGUUACAUGUAAAAUUCACAAUUUUACAUAAUUUAUUUAUCAUAAAGUAUUUAAGUUUGAUUGAAUAUUGACCUUCCGCGAAAAUAAAUCACCACAUGGAACGGAACCAAAAACAUCGAUAUUUAUUUUUGAUAAAAUUCAAUA